AGAGAGAGAGAGAGAGAGGUGGCCAUGUCUCUUGCCUAUUGUGCUAAGGAGCAGAAACCUUGUGUACGUUGGGUUGAGAAGUACUUCAAGGAUUGCCUUUGCAAUCUAAAAGAUGAAUUCUCUUUUGGUUUUGGGCUCAUUAGUCUAGUUUGUUGGGGAGUUGCAGAAAUCCCUCAAAUCAUCACCAACUUUCGCACCAAGUCCAGCCAUGCAGUCUCCCUUCUUUUUCUCCUCACUUGGGUUGCUGGAGAUGUUUUUAAUCUUGUGGGCUGCCUUCUGGAACCAGCAACGCUGCCCACUCAGUUCUACACUGCCCUGCUCUACACGACAAGCACAGUAGCAUUAGUGUUGCAGGGUUUCUACUAUGAUCAUAUCUACAGGUGGUGGAAAUACCAGAAAGUGGAUGCUAGGCAACAGGUUGAAGAUGAUGACAAAAAACCACUGAAACAAUCCAAGUUAGCUGAUUCAGGCAUUCCCAUACCCAAAGCCUCAUCUAGAGCAACUCCUUGUAGGGAGUAUUACUACACUUCAGCUAGAUCAAUGGCAGGGAGUGGUACUCCACCGUUUCGAAGUUACCUUAAAGCUGUCAGAAGUGGUCCUUCAGCUAUGGGACUUGACAAUGAAUCAUCCUCAGAUGAUGAAGUAGACCCUGUUUCAGCUGAAUCUGCUAGCCAGCCUAGGCCAAUUCCACGAUCGGCUGGUUAUGGAACAUUUCUAGCCACAACCCUCAACCUGCCCUUACAAAGCAAGGCUUUGACAGAUGCCUACAUUGGAUUUACCAGUAGAAGACUUUUACAUGAAGGCAGUGGAAUGGAGCACAGUGCUUUCGGACAGUGGUUGGGAUGGCUUAUGGCAGCUAUAUAUAUGGGUGGCAGAAUCCCUCAAAUCUGGUUAAACAUUAAGAGAGGGAGUGUUGAGGGCUUAAAUCCUCUGAUGUUUAUCUUCGCAUUGAUGGCAAAUCUCACUUAUGUGUUAAGUAUUCUUGUUAGAACUACCGAAUGGGAUAGCAUCAAAGCUAACAUGCCAUGGUUGCUAGAUGCUGCCGUCUGCGUGGCACUCGACUUAUUUAUCAUAUUGCAGUACAUCUAUUACAGAUACAUCCAUCAAAAAAGUUGAGACAUGAAGAAGAUUAUGGAGUACUCGGAUGCAAAUAAGUCUGCUUUAUCUUGAACCCACUUUGUAUAUUAAUAUAAUUUGCAGAGUCGUAAUUAAUUCUUCCUAUUAGAACCUUAAUUAGAGAUCCUUCUUCUGUUUUUGAACUAGCGAGGCUUAUCUGUUCAAGGAAUUGCAUAUGUUAAUUAACAAAUUAAUAAUCUGUA